CUGACCAAUUUCCAAAAGAAAAUCAAGAACAAGAAGAAGGGGAGAAGAAAAGGAACAGUGGCCCAACGUCUUUACGCCUCUCUUCCUGCUGUGUUUGCAGCUUCAGUCUCCACUGCAUCUUCUUCAACUCCGGCGACGAACCCACUCGACGGCAGUCUUCUUCCUCGGCUAGUGAAUUGCAGUGUUCGAACGGCAACGGCACUCAAACCACCACACCGCAACCUGCACCCUCGAGUGAUCUUCUUCCCCGACUUAAGAGCGGCGUGGAACACCCACGACCGCGGCGAUCUACUCCACCACGAGGGCCACACGCCGAUCUGUGACGGCAGCGGGAACUCUCCUGGGUAUCGGCGACGCGUUUCUUGGCUGAUUAACGACCUUUGGCUGUGAGUGUGACCCAUUCCGACGACCUCAUAUUUGAUUACUCAUAGAGUAUAUAUAUUUGCGAGUUUGAACUCGUUCGAACACAAUCCAGGAAGGACCGAAGCCCUUGGUUCGGGUUAGUUUUGGAUAGACUGAAUUAGCAUUUAAGGUGGACCUUGGAUAAAGAACCCAUUGAUUGAAGUGGCAAUGGCGUUUGAUCCAAUUUUAGAUUACUCCAAAACCCACCGAAUAGUCCUCCUUGUUGAUCUCAACCCACUUCACCAUCUCCAAAGCCCAUCUUCAUAUCUCACUGCUGUCACUUCUACUGCCAAAAUUCUACUAUCUUUUCCUCCAUUUUCAUCCUCAACUCUCUUCUCCUUCAGAUUCUUCUUUUCCUCUCUCUCUCCUCUCCUUUCCUCCUCCAAACUCCACAGUUUGAUUCCUAGUUGCCCUCUUUCUCUCUCCUUUGACCACCCAACUGCAACUUUCCAUUCUCUCUCAAAUGCCAUUGAUCUGUUGUUGAAACUUCAUCGAUUUCCAUUGUGUGAAGCUUCUGAAUCGAUGACCUCACAGGCUUCGUGUCUCGCAGCAUCGAUGCGUCAACUUUUGCAUGACUAUGCUUGGAACUCUGUGAUGGAAGAUUUGGAACUUAGAAUGGCCUCUGAAAGUUUUGAUUGCCUUGGUGUUAGAAAAAAAUUGGUUGUUUUAUUUUCACCAUUUUCCGAAUUGGUUGGAUGUUUGUCUGGAUUUCUGGGAGUGGCUAUUGACGAUGAAUGUGUUAAUGAUCGGGAUUUGUUUAGUAGAAGAUUUUAUGGGUUGUUUGAAAGUGUGAAUGCUGCAUUUUCGCAGAGGGAUAUUCAAUUUAGUUGGAUUAAUGUUAGCCAUGAGUCUGCUGAUAAUAGGAUAAAUAAUGAUGAGCUGAAAGAAAAAAUUAGUUUUUUAAAGAGUGGAAUUAGGAACUUAGGAUGGGGAUUUUGCUCGUCGAACUCCAUAGUUUUGGGAUCUGCGCUUCUUCCUUUUGGGCUGAUUUACCCUAAGAUAGGAAUGCCUUUGAGAAAUUUUGACAUUUAUAAGUUUCAGAAGAAAGUUCAAGCUCGACUGUGCCUUGAGAUUUUGGAUAAAAGCGAGAAGCCACUAGAAUGCAAGUUUUGCAAUCUUGAAUUGUUUGAUUGGAAGACAUUGUUUGAAGACAGAUCUGAUGAUCCUUUGCUUGUACCAGGAGGAUUGAAAAUGAGAUCAGAUGGCUAUGAGCAAAGGAAAGUAUCUUUGGACUUGCUUGGUGAUGGUGCUGUAAAGCUACAUGUUAAGGCUGUGCAGAAGUGUAGGGAAUUAGUGAGAUACAAGGGUCAUUUAUCUUAUCCAUUUCUUGUGCUUGAAUUUCCAGAAGCGCCAGUAAAGAUCAUCCAGGGAAGUAAUGGAAAAUUUUUUGCUGAUGAGGUUUUGGAAAUGAUGGCACUUGAACUGGAUGACUGUAAAAUGCCAAAACCUAUUCCUUUUUUUCAGCUUCUUAUGAGUUUUCUUUAUGGGGAAGGUUAUUGGGCAUUGGUGUCUAUUUCGAAUGCCAAUGGUGGUUCACAUUUAGGAAUCUUAAAACCUUUUAUGGUUUCUUCAGCUCUUCUCUUUGUCAUUGACAACGAAUUCUACCCUCUCAUGUUGGAGCCUACUAAUGAAGAUAGGUGUUUGGAAGAAUUGGGGACUGAAAAAGGUAACAAUACUUGCAAACUUGGUGGUGAUUUGACCAGAUCACAUAAUGUUGUUGAUUUUGAUGCUUCUCUUUCUGUUAAGUGUUCUCAAGAUGGAGAUGGUAAAAUGAAAGCAGAGAAGAAAACUAGACAUUCAAUCCAAAAAUUCACUUGGGCAGAUUUUUACAAGGCAGCAUUUGAACACGUGAAGAUUGAUCUUGAAAAUGCUUACUUUGACAGAUAUUGUAAUAGCUCAAAGAAAUUGAAAUUUUUCAAAAGCUGGGUAAAACAGAUCAAGAAAUCCACUUUAUGUGGGCUUUUGUUACCGGAGAAGUUGCAAUUACAGUGGGACAUUCUCGUUAAAAAAGAUGAUAGUUUAAGAUGGUUGCAACAAGAAAGCAAAGAACCAACAACAUCAUCAGGUCAAGAAAAUCCCUUGGCUAAGGCCUCUGAAACAUUGGCUGAAGCAACAAUUGACCAUCAUUUGGAGACUUCCGAAGAUUUUUUCAAUAAUCUUUCCAGUAAGAUCCAGCAAGGACUCGAGUCCAAAGUUGUUGACUUGGGUGCAUUGGCGGAGCGACUUGUGAGUUCAACUAUAUACUGGUUAAGUCAAAAGCAGGAAAUGCAGGGAACUUCAGAUGAUCAACCAAAUGCCAGAAAGUCUGAUUCAAGUAUCAGUUGUGCAGUUGCUACAAAACUAAAUGAACUCUUGCUGAGGGAGCCCGAAGACUUGUCUACCAAGCCCAAGAUCAGUGGCCUCCCCUUCGAGGAGUGUAGUACAGGAUCUGCUGGACAAACCUCAGAACACAUAGUCAGAGAACAUGAAUUGCAGAUCUUUUUUCGAUUGGAGAUAUUACGUUCGCUGAUUAUUCUCAAUGUUAGUGAAUCUAUGAAGCAAAAGUUCGUCAAAGAUAUUUGUUUGCUUUUAGAGACAAUUCAAUGCCAUUUGGAGGGAGGAUUUUUUGGAGAGUGGAGCAUAAAAAAUUAUGUUGGAAAAAUCAUAAAAAGCAGGUAUUGCCAAAGUCUAGGAGAUAUUGUGAAUAAGAUCUAUGAAAAAAUGGAUUUGUUGUUGUUUGUUGAUGAGAAUAUAUCUACCAAUCACCCUCUCUACAGUGAGGAUAGCAAUCAUUCUUGGAGAGACAACUUACUUAGCGAUGAAGUCGGUGACAACUAUAGCUCCAAUGAUCCAGUUUCAGGGGAAAAUAAAACCCAUGAAAAAAACAAUGAAAAAUCUCCAGGGAUCAAUAAUGUCUACACUUGCAAACUGAUCAAAGCUCAAGAAAUGAGAGAAAGGGCCAGAAGAUUUGCAUCUUUCACGAGUUGGGUACCAGAUUUGCACCGAGUUUGGGCACCAAAGCAAACAAAGGCAAGGAAACCUAAGAUGAAUCAUCUUAAAAAGGCAUCGAAAAGGAAGUACCCAAAUAGGGAAAGCAAUGACCUGGUUUGUGAGACUCCAGAAAAAAGUCACUCGUUCCAAAGAGAGCACCAAGAUGGCGAUGAAGAAGCUGUUAAGAAUGGAAAUCAGUCAUGUCGUUCUGUUUCCAAGGCAUUAUUUAAUGACACAGAUUCAUAGCUUUUAACAAUACCUGGAAAAAACCUCCCAUUAGUUGUAAAAUAACUAGCAGUUCAUCUAUAGCUUUACUUGUAACUCUCCUCUUGUAUAUAGCAAAGAUCAACCAACUUCUGAAGAAGCUGUGUAUUUGCUUUUCAAUUUUCUAGUUUGAACAUCAUCCACUCUUUUCACUCGGUUUAUAUAUUUGUUCAUUUCUGCUUUCUUGUGGUCAGAGUGGCUGAAAAAAACAUGUCCUUCCCUAUAAAGGAAAAGUAAUAUACGGUUUUCUUUGAUAGCG